CCCAGAGAGGGAGGGAGAAGGAGCGCUACGUCAAACGUGAGCAAAUUCCGUUUUUAAAAUAUUAAGAUUUAUUUAUUAAUUUGUUGUCCUGUUGAGGAAUAUCUUAUCAGUUUUACUCACUGGAAUUAUUCGCUUAACGUUAAGGUCAAUGAGGAUGCCUUCUGUGAAGUAUCAGAGAGGGGAGAUGGUGAUGGGCCGCUGGCCUGGCAGCAGCCUGUAUUAUGAGGUCAAGGUGCUGGGCUAUGAUGCCAAAAGUCAGCUUUACACGGUCAUCUAUAAGGAUGGUACUGAGCUGGAGCUCAAGGAGCAAGACAUCAAGAAUGCUGCUGGUUUCCAGACCCGUUCUCGUUCCCGCUCUCGUUCUCGAUCACCUGGCCGCCGUCGUAGCCGGUCACGCUCCCCAGCAAGGACCACACGGCGCUCUUCCUCCCGCACAGCGGCGGCUGUCGCUGCAGCAGCUAUAACAGAGAGUGCACCAUCCUCUCGCAGGGAUACAAAGCUGAAGGAUACACUAGAAGUCAGGCUUAGUCCCCUGCAACAGACAAAGGCAGCUGAGAACAAUAGCAACAAUAAGCAUGAAAGGAAAGAGGAGAAACAAAAAGAGGAGAAUAACACUGCUAACAGAGUAAAUGAGUCUGAGUCUAAGGUAGAGGCAGAACCUGAGAAGAACCAAGGCCGUUACAACCUGCGCCGUAGGAAGGAUGACGGAGACGCCAAACCAGCUGAGGCCAGACCAGAGCAGCUGGAGGAGAAGGAUGCCAAGCUGGCUGCAGCUCCUGCUGCCUCCACCCCACUUGACUUUGGUGGGAAGAUGGGAGCAUACUUCUGGCUGCUCUUCCUUCCAGCCUGGGUUCUCUUCCUCAUACUUCAAGUCAACUUGGAGGACCCCAGCCUGGCCAACUUCCCUUCUCCUUUGCCCCCUCUUGAAGCCUUCUGGGAUGCCCAGGCUCUUGGCUUUGUCAUCCUCUGGGUCUUCUUCCAGGCCCUGCUUUACAUCCUGCCUGUUGGAAAACUGAGUGACGGCAUGCCACUGAGGUCUGGGGAGAGGCUGAAGUACAGAACCAAUGGUUUCUUUGCCAUCAUGGUGAGUGCUGUAGCAGUAGCUGUGGCUGUACACCAGGGUGUUGACCUCACUUACAUUCACAGCCACUUCCUGCAACUGGCUACGGCCUCCUUCCUCAUCUCCAUCCUGCUCAGCGUCUACCUGUAUGUCCGCUCUCACUAUGCCGCCCCAGGGCAGCUGGCACUCGGGGGAAACUCUGGCAAUGUGGUUUACGACUUUUUCAAAGGACAUGAGCUCAAUCCCCGCAUCAAAAACUUUGAUCUGAAAUUCUUCUGUGAGAUGCGCCCGGGUCUGAUUGGCUGGUGUUUGAUCAACUUUGCGAUGGCGCUGGCUGAGAUGAAGCAGCAGGGUCUGGAUGCUCCAUCUCACUCCAUGAUCCUUGUGAACCUCUUCCAGCUUCUCUACGUGGUGGACGGCCUUUGGAAUGAGGAAGCCAUCCUGACCACCAUGGACUUGAUGCACGAUGGUUUUGGCUUCAUGUUGGCAUUUGGUGAUCUGGUGUGGGUUCCCUUUACUUACACACUGCAGGCCUAUUACCUGGUCAGCCACCCCAACCCCCUGAGCCUCCCUGCCCUUGCAGCCAUUCUCACACUCAAACUCUUCGGCUUCUACAUCUUUCGGAAAUCCAACUCUGAGAAGAAUGCCUUCAGGAGAAACCCAUCAGACCCCAAAUUGUCUUAUUUAAAGACGAUCCCCACAGCUACAGGGAAAAGUCUGCUGGUGUCUGGCUGGUGGGGUGUGGUCCGCCACCCUAACUACCUGGGAGACCUUAUAAUGGCCCUGGCUUGGUCCCUACCAUGUGGCUUUAGCCACCUCCUGCCAUGGUACUACAUGAUCUACUUCAUCAUUCUGCUCGUACACCGAGAUUCCCGCGACAUGAGCGAGUGCAGGAGGAAGUAUGGCUCAGCGUGGGAUGAAUACUGCCGAACUGUUCGCUACCGAAUCAUUCCCCGUGUCUACUGAGGAAUCCAACGCUGGACACUCCCGAGCUGAGGCCUUUUUUGACCCAAUGUUAUGGCUGUGAAGGCUCACAAAAAACCCAAAUAUGAAUGGAUUGACUGACUGAUUUGUCUUUUUACAAUCUUUUUUUUUUUUUUAAACCAAGAAUUAAAAAAAAAAAAAUCUUGAUUCUGGACUGAAGGUGCUACAGUAUUUAGAAUUUUUUGAUGAAAGAAAAAAAAGACAGUCAUUAGUAUUGUGGAUUGUUUGAAGAAUUGCCUUUUUAAACAGAAAAUACUCAGAUAUAUGCUAUUAAAAGUUUACAAACUUUGGGUGGAAAAAAACGCCUCUGCAAGGAAUGUCUUGUUAGUAGGGAUGCCCCGAUCGGGAUUUGCCGCCGAUUGUCUAUGAGCCAUAUCGCCUGAUACAGGGUUUUUGUUUCUAAUGUUUUGUUUUAAAUAGCAGCUGGUAUGGCAGUAUUGGUCAAUUUGACUGCUUUGUAGUGUAUUGGGCUCCACCAGGUGGCAGUUAAACCUUGGCUAUAAAUGCUGUGUUGUCAAACUUGUUCAGAGAUGUAGUGUUGUGCAUCGAUGACACGCGCACGGUUAAGUGGCUUCUUUCAAAGCUUGUGUUACCUCUGCUGUUACGGUGGCAAGUUUAACAUACAUUAGACCACUACAACUGACCACAUGAUAAAAUGUUAGACUGAGACUAUGAACAGUUUCAUUACAUGGCAGUGAGUCAAACAUCUGGCUAAGUAGUAUUAGAGGACACCAUGGAUGUAAUUAGCAUGGCCUUAAGCAAUACAGGGGAAUGAACACGAGCAGUUUCGGUUUUAAAUGGUUUUAUUUAAGCUAUAAGCUCAUCUAAAAGGCUGUGAAGACAGAAAUAAGCAAGCUUUUAUUUCCUGCAGGCAUUGUGGAUGCAGCACAAGCAGGCAAGCAAGUUUAACAGGCUGGUUUGUAACGUUGCUUUUCAAAUGCAUCACCAUCAGAAGAGUGAAUGAUGAAAGGAUGUUUGCUGCCUUUUCAUCUUCACUAGUCGGUCAACGUUAGCAAUUUACAGACUGGAGGAGAUAGAUAGGUAGAUAGAUAGAUAGGUACUUUAUUAAUCUCCAAAGAGAAAUUUACAGGGAAGACUAAUUUAAUUCACCGUGCCGCUCAAAGGCUACCAGCAGCUAUCAGCAACUUUUAAGGUGGAAUGUUUUCUUGCAUGUUUGUCAGAGCACGAGUUGAUGUCAUGAAUCAAUCGAUGAAUAUGCUUAGACUUAGUUCAAUCGGCAGAGCAGUGAACAGGUUGCCUAUAUUAGCUCCAGAAGUACAGCUGAAAUAUGCGGUGUAAGCACCCCCCCUCCUCUUGUUCUGUGCGCAGACAGGCAGUGUGUGGAUGUGUGCUGUCAGGAGAGACAGCAAAACAGUACCUACAAAGAACCCAGAAACUUCAUAAAACACAUGGAGAAAAGCUGAGUAGUCAGCGAUUUGGCAGUUGCUGAUGAACAACUAUGCCCCACCCCCCCAGAAUUACUUAUUAUCAGGCGCUGAUCGAUCUGGGCAUCCCUACUUGUUAGGAUGUAUAUUUUUGUACAUACACAUUUGUUUUUAUACUUCAAUAAUAAUUCACCACUUGCUUAUUUUUUGGUUAGUUUUACUUUCCUCCCAUAUUCAAAAUGUUAAAACAUCAGCUUGGCUAUUACAAAUAAUUUUGUAAGUACUCCUUCCUAUUAUAAUUAUACUGCUUGUGCAUAUUGUGAAGGAUGGGAUUAAAAAUAAUUUUAAAUGACCUGUACAGUGGAAUUAGGACUCAUCUUCUUUCUCAGGACCCAGGAUGUCGAAUGAUGUCAGAAAGUUGAAUUAGAAAAGUUUUGUCUUAAUAAUUUUGUUGUGCAUAAUUUUAUAUAGAUAUCUAGUUUUGAUUUGAGAGUGUAAAAUGAUUUUGGUGGUUUGAAGAAAAUGCACUAAUGCGUCAAGGCAUUUUUUUUCCCCCCCAUAUGUCAUCAAUUCCAAAGUGUAUUUGAUUGGGCUUUACUACCUCAGGUUCACUCACUGUCCAGUCCUUCCUCCUCUGUGUCCUCUAGCAGGCAGUGUGUGUAAUUAUGAGUGUGAAGUCACUGCUUAAGAAAGCAGAAUGAGUUAGACUUGUUUUUCAUUUCAACAAUCACGUUAGUAUCUGUUAUGAACAAGUGGUACCCAUACACAUUACAGGAGUCAUGGCGUUAGGAUGGAUCUCCCAACUACUUUUCCUCCCUGUGUUUUUAUAGUGCUGAUGAAACAUUUGUGGGUUUUUUUAUUUUUUAUUUUUGUCCUGCCAGUAUCUGGAGCAUGUUCUCUAUUAUGAUCUGGCUGUUGAUUUGCCACCACUGCCACAUGAAUUUGGUUUGAACCUCUAUAAGCUUUAACUUGCCAGGUCAUAUGACAAUGACAAUUUUAAUGAAGUUUAUACUGUGACAACAUGCAGAGUUGUUGACUGUGUUAGCAUUUAUAACCUGUGCACUUGGAAACCCAAAAAAUGCAUGUGCAGCUGUAGAUGAGUACAUACGUAGCAAAACAUUAACUAGAAAACGUAGCAUUUUUUUAUGCUGUGCUGACUGAAUACCAUGUAAAUAUUACUGAGGGUUUUUUUUUUUGUUUGUUUUUAAUUAUGUUAUUAUGAGUAAAAGAGGUGACAGUAGUAAUAAUAGUAUUGUUUCUCAUUAGAUAUUUAAUGUGCUUUUUUUUAGUUAACUACCUUAUUUUGACCACUGUAGUUAUGUUUACAGUUAGAUCUGCCAUCAUUAUGAAAAUGUAUGAAAACGUAAUGUCAAAUGGUGUGCUACACUCUGUACCCUAUCAGAGAAAACAUGAUUGAUAUUUGAGAUGCAAUCAUCCUGUCUUCCCCAAUACGCAUAAUGGUGAUAUAUUUUUUUUUUAAUACAAUGUGGUAAACUUCUUUUCUUGGUUUGGCAAGCAAUAAGUUGGAUGUACUUGGAUAUAUGACAACAAUGAAUGGGAAGUUAACCAAUCCAGCAGACUGUCAGUGUGGAUGAAUCAAAUCUGUGACUGGCUGGAUAAAGCUCAUCUGUACAAAUGUUGCAGCAUAAAAUAAAAAUUUACAGUAUUUCCUUUU